AUGAAGUCGCAUGAAGAGAAUAUCUUUGGUGGGAAUAAUGGCCAUCUGAAACAUAAUUUAGAGCAUAAACUCGCUCAGAAUCACAUAGAGGAGAUCAUUCUCAAAAGCAUUGAGGAUCAAGAGACACUUUUCAACCAAACGCUCUUGCAUACGGAAGAGGUUAAAGAUGACUACAAUAAUGUUUAUGCACGCGAAAUCAUUGACAUGUGCUCUGGCUACAACAUUGAAGAAUCCCAGUACGGCCUUUCGGCCAUGGACGCACACGUCUUUGCUAAGAAGACAGUGCCGCGGCCACACGAUAAGCCGUUCUUCCAGUAUAAGUCCGAAAAGAAGAAAGACGAUGUUGAUGCACGCCCGUUUAUUUGUACUUACGCCAACUGCUUUAAAGCGUUCAAGCGCUUUGAGCACUUAAAAAGACACUACCGUAUUCACACGGGAGAAAGGCCAUUCCGCUGUCCGGUAUAUGGCUGCAAUAAGAUGUUUUCGCGUUCGGAUAAUCUUAUGCAGCAUUCAAAAAUACACGCUAAUCGCAAAAUGCAGUAG